AUGGCCGUGAAUUUCUUGACCAACCGAGAGGUAUCGGACCUUUGUCUCGGAAAGCCGCCGUUGAAGUGGGUUCCGGCCGGUGCUUCAGUUUCUGAGGCAUUGUCGGCGUUGAAGAGAUCCGGCGAUAGCCAUGUGAGCGUCUGGAGCUGCUCUUCCGACCAUUCUUCUUCAUCCAGUAAAUCAUCUUCCGGUUUUGACGACCACAAUUUUGUCGGAAAUCAGAGUAGCGAUUGCCAAUGCGUCGGGAAGAUUUGCGUGGUGGAUGUGAUUUGUUUUCUUUGUAAGGAGGAAAAUUUGGCCGACCCUUUUAAGGCCUUGGAGGCUCCGGUUUCUGAGGUUUUGCCCAAAAGCCAUCCCCUUUUUGUCAAGCAUCUGGAACCCAAUUCUAGCUUGUUGGAGGCAAUAGAUUACAUCCUCGAUGGUGUACAGAAUCUUGUUAUACCAAUUGAAAGCUAUACCACUAGGAAUUCUAGAAAAAAAGUCAAUAAACCACUUUCUUUCACGCACCACAAUGGCCGGGAAUACUGCUGGUUAACAGAGGAAGAUGUUGUUCGCUUCAUUCUCAACUCCAUUGGAGUUUUCUCUCCAAUUCCAACAUAUACGAUCGAGUCACUGAAUAUGAUUGAUCGUAAUAUAAUGGCUGUGCACUACAAUGAGGCUGCAUCUUCGGUGUUGCCCUUGAUUUUGCGUGCUCAUGUUGAGCAGACAUCUGUUGCAGUCAUUGAUGAGAAUAAGCUAUUGGUUGGCGAAAUAUCUCCUUCCACCCUUGCCUUAUGUGAUGAAACAGUUGCCGCAGCUAUCACUACACUUUCAGCAGGUGAUCUAUUGGCAUAUAUUGAUUGCUGUGGUCCUCCCGAAGAACUAGUCCAGUUAGUGAAAAUGAGGUUGGCAGAGAAGAACCUAGAGGGCUUGUUGGAUCUGUUGGAAGAAUAUUCUGUGUCUUCACCAUCAGCAUCCUCUAGUUGUUCUUCAGAUGAUGAAUCAGUGGGAAGCAGGUACAGUGGAUCAGGUCGGUAUUCAUUUGCAAGGAGGUCAGAGGCGAUUGUCUGCCAUCCAUGGAGUUCACUUGUCGCGGUAAUGAUUCAAGCUCUGGCACACCGUGUGAGCUGUGUAUGGGUGAUCGGGGAGGACCAGACUGUGGUCGGCAAUGUCACAUUUCAAAGCAUGCUCAAGGUAUUCAGGGGUGUUUCUAGCGUGCUACCGUGCAAAAUGGAGCAUGCCAACUCGAGCAUACAAUAA